AUGUUCAGUUGUACGAUGUCCACAUCCGCGGCUCGCCGUCCAAAAGUGCACGGGACGCUAUUCAGAAAGAAGCGCGACAUGGUGAGGAAUGCAGCUCCCAAUUCAGUGAAUGGCUGUAUAACAAUGUCGGCGCUCUGGGUCGCGCUCUGGACUGUGGCAGUUCAACUGAAAGAUGCUUUGAACCUCAUUUUUGAUCAAGGUUUCUGUUACUUCUUCAAGUACCUGUUGGCAUCAUUUCGACUGGCCUACAAACAUUCCACAAGGAGCAAAGUCUUUGAAUUAUGCGACGUCAGCAAAGCCGUGGAACCUUCUCACAUGAACAUCGUAUCCACACAGCGUGAGUGGGAAAAAGAAUGCCCUUCGCCAUCGGAUGCCCUGGUCAAGAACGAGGACAGCUUCUUCUUGUACGGAGUCAACUCCACGGGCCACAAGCUACUUCUCUAUUUCUCCCGGCUGAAAAACUCCAUAGCUGAGCUGUGGAUGUGUCUGUAUGCUGCUGACGGCACCAGGUACGUCCUUCCCUGCGGUUUCACGUUGGACCGCAGCGACCAGAACAGCUUUGCUGGAAAGGGACUCAAGAUUCAGUGCCUAGCUCCUGCCAGACGUUGGAGAAUCGCGUUCAACGGACUUCUCAGGAAGAGCACGACCGAAGACAACGAUCUCGAUGGACCCGAAGUGCACGUUAAGUUUGGCUUUAUUUGGACUCCUGUGUCCCACACGCUUGAGUACCCAGUGGAAAUUAGUCCCGUCUUGAUGGCCGAGGAGUUCGCUAAGCUCCCGCUCGUCAAGAUGCUGUGGCAGAUCGAACAGUUUGGUACAGACAUCGACGCCUAUGACCAAGCUGGCAUGAUGACAGGCGAGGUGUUUAUUGACGGCAAGAGGACCGAGAUUCAACUCUGGGGUUCCAGAGUUCGCUCGAAAGGUGUUUUAUCAUACGCCCCUGGUAGCGAAGAUCAUCACUUCGGCUUCUUGGAGGAUGGAAAAAUUUAUCACUUGGUUCACACGCACGACUACGCAGGUUCGGAAGGCCUGUUCUACGGAAGUAUGUAUCUGCCGAAUCAACGGAUGCUUCCAAUAGACUACUGCCUUGUACGAACCAAAGAACUCAAGUACGGAAAGCCACUCAGGCUUUAUAUCAGUGCAGGCUCUGAAGACAAUCCUAUCCAUGUCAGUCACAUUGACAAAACCUUAACGUUCACAACCGAAGACAGUUCGAAAGAGUUCCAAGUCGUGGCUAAUCGUCUGGUGUCGGGUGAUAUCAAUGGCAAUGGAAUCACCGUUCGCAUAGAAAAGAAGGGACCGACGACGUAUCGAAUUCCAGAGCACUACAGGCAGCUCGUUACGUCGACGCCACAAAGCGAUGUCAGCGUGGAGCACCCACUUGGAAUAGGCAUCGAGCAACAGAUCUGCAGGAGACCUGAACUGACGGGCGGCAAAGGUUCCUCGUUGGCUUUGCUGCAUUCUAUCAGCGAACGGAAAAGAAUGUUCACCGUGCCACGAGCCUUCGUGAUCACUACCAGGGCGUACAGUGUAUUUUCAUCGAGCGCACAGUUCCAGCAGCUCGUGAAAGAGGUCACAGUGUCGCAAACAUCGGGAGGCAGUCUGUCUCAACUCAAAGACACUUGCAAGAGAGUUGUUCAGUCUAUGGCGAAGCUUCCACUACAAGAAGUGAUCAAAGAUGAAGUCGUGGAAUGUCUGCAGAAGUUUGGAAGCGAUUACGAAAAGCGCACUUUUGCAGUUCGCUCGUCUGCAGUCGGAGAGGACUCCGAAGAGACGUCUGCAGCUGGACAAAUGCAGACAUUUCUAGGCGUCCGGGGAACUUCGAAGAUUUUCGAGAGCAUUGUCAGGUGCUGGGCAUCUCAGUUCAAUUUUGCAGCGGUGAACUACAAAAGGCAGUACGGCCAGCUAGUGAAUUCCCCGAUGGCUGUAGUCAUACAAGAGAUGGUACCAGCAAGUGUAGCAGGUGUUAUGUUCACCUGCGACCCCGUCACUGGCGAUCCGUCAUAUAUUGCAGUAACGGCGAACUACGGACUCGGAGAGUCGGUUGUCUCCGCGUCUGCUGAACCAGAUACAUUCUUGCUCAAGAGGACGGAUGGUAUGAGGCCAGUGCUGCACUCGGUGCAACUCGGACAAAAGAGCGUGUACAUGACAGAGUCAGAAACGGAGGGCGUGCUGAUGCAACCCGUUUCCGAAGAGAAGACAAAGCAGAAGUGCAUGACAGACGAGCAAGUUGAACAACUGGCUUUCAUUGGAACUCAGAUUGAACGGUGUUUCUCUGCCCCUUGUGACAUCGAAUGGGCCAUUCACCAGGGCAAGUACUACCUACUGCAGUUACGGCCAGUCUCUUCAAUCCUCAAGGAAACAGACUACGAAUUGAUCCACGAAUUUGAUACGGGACUCAAGAGCGAGAAGGAACUCUUCACGAAGGCCAAUGUGUCGGAAGUCUUUCCCGGAGCUCUAACCCCACUGGGUUUCGGCAUCAUUCGGCUGUGCUUCGACACUUUGGCCAGGGAAGCAACAACCAGACUGGUGCCAUCCAUACCAAAGGAUUCAACAUUUUAUGCCCCCUUGUUCGUCCCCGUGUGCCGUCAUAGCGUCUUCGUGUGGCUUUCAGGGCUACAACGCCCUAGGGGCGAAGACAUGAUGGCGAAAGCCAUGCUAUACAGCACAAUGGGUAGAGACAUCUCGACUGACCCACUCACAAAAGAGAGCGUCAAGAGAGGUGUAGCGACUGACCCCAAGAGGAUUCCAACAACAGCUCUCCAAAUCUUAAAGAUGCUGUUCACCGUGCAAAAGCAACUUGAUGCAGUGACCCGUUUCAGUAAGAGCUACAAUUUAUCCAUGGAUGGCCUCUCUACGUCACAGCAAAUGUACAGAAGGAUUGGGUCGAACCUCAGGUUUCUUGCAAAGCCCUCGACGGCGUUGAUCGAAGCGUUUUCCGCUUCUUCUUUGUAUAAUCUCGUCAUCCUGAGGAUCCUUAUCGCCGCCAAAGGAGACAUGACACCUCAAAUACUUGUGGAUUUCUCCAAGAUGCUUCGCGGUUGCGACACGGAAAGUGCUGAUGUUCCCAACAGCAUAUUGGAACUGGGAAACCUGCUGCGAAAGUCAGAAGACCGUGACAGGUUCCUUACAAUGUCUGUGGAGGACGCCACUGCAUGGCUCAAGACUACAGACAGCAUGUGUGGAGUGAAGUUCCGGGAAUUUCUAGAAAAGCAUGGACAUAGGAACGUCAAAGAGUUCGACGUAUACACAAAGCCGUGGGGAAUGGAGCCGUCUUCACUCAUUGCGUCACUCAAGGCGGCUGCUACAGCACCAUCGACCACUGAGAACAGAACCACAGCGGAAUGGACAUUGGACAACCUGUCGUACAACCUCACAAUUUUUCAAAGGCUGCUGCUUAACUUCUUGCUGCCGCGCGCGCGAACUGCAGUGGCAGGGCGCGAGACAGCAAAAUCUGCUACGGUGAGGAUGAUCCACAAGUUCCGCGUUGCCUUCAUCCAACUGGCCAAUCAAAUGGUGCGAGAAGGGAGAAUUCCGGAACCAGACAUCCUGUUCUUCAUGACAUUCGAAGAAAUCGGGCAACUACUCGAGACGCGGUCUCCCACCAUAGCAGCCAAGGCUUCCCGCAGGUUCCGGCUCCACGCUGAGCUGAACAAGGACAGGUAUCCCAACCUAAUGGUAGGCGUUCCAAAACCGAUCGAGCGGGAGUUGAAGUACAUAGAAGGAGAAACUGAACUUAAAGGUAGUCCUAUGAGUCAAGGUAUCGCCAGGGGCUAUGCACGAGUGGUACGAGACUUUGAAGAGGCACAUCUCAUUAAGAAGGGAGACAUCCUAAUCACGACGGCAACUGACACAGGGUGGACUCCGUACUUCCCACUCCUGGGCGGAGUGGUAACAGAGAUAGGAGGACCGCUAUCUCACGGAGCUGUAGUUGCGAGAGAGUACGGCCUACCGUGUGUGGUUGGAAUCGACGAUGCCACAUCGCUAUUGAGAACCGGCGAUUAUGUCCUUCUUGACGGCAAUACGGGGAGCCUAAGGAGGGUUCAGAAACCGCAGGAUGACGAAGGCGAACUCCAUGACGUGUUCCAAGGGACCCCACGCCUGCAGGGGCAUCUGUGACACUAAACGUUGAACGGGACUCUGUGAGAACGCUUGUCCAACUGCGUCUGUAAGGCAUAUUGAGAGCAGUAGACGUGCGUAUCCCUGCUGCUCAAAGUGGCUCCUAUACCAAAGUCACACGGCAAAGUGAAUGACAUUUCCAGCUAAUGACAGUCGAAGCGAAUGUCAUUCGUUUGUACUGCGUCGAGACUAAUUAAGACAGUGGAUAAUUAAGACACCAGGGCCGAACAUAUGAAGCACUAUAGAGGUACAUAAAGUAUAUUUUUAUUUCGUUUUCUCGAAACUAGCGGAGCAACAGAUUAUUUCACAAAAGCGUGGCGUUUUGGACGACGCUCAGUUGGCUAAGUAUCACGAGCCAAGACAAGUAAGAAGCCUAUCUGUACCACACUUGGGGACAUGGCGACUGGGAACGAGAGUAGUUCUCCGAAAAACGGUGUUAAGCUGUCCUUCCGUCGUGUCAAAAGUUAUUAAAUUCAUGUUAAAAUAUUUGAUUACAACUUCUCAUUCGUUUUUGAUUUCGUCAAACGGUUUAUCGUUGUUGUUUUCGCAACCUCUCUACUGCGAGAGUACGCAGUCGGUGGGAGAGGGAAAAGCGAAGGAGUUCCCCGAAUUUAUUCGCAUGUAUUGCCAUUUGAUUUCACAGUGUGACACGGAACGAAUGUCAUUCAGUGCGAAUGUCAUUCGCUGGGAAUGACAUUCAAUUUGCCGUGUGACAAGGGGUAUUAGUCUACUGUUCUACCGAAAAAUGUAAUCAUUAAUGGUACGGGUGAUCGGCUGGUCAUGACAUCCGUUAGAAAAAGAUUAUGUCCUACAAAUAUAUUCCCGUCUCCGUGAAUUACACAUAUGAUUAUAUGGUUGACUCUAUCGAGCACCCUCGUGCUUACGGUGUCUGACGAAAAUGUUGCAAGGUAAUAAAAUUAAGUUAUAAAAGUCGA